UCUAGAAAUGUAGUGAAUAUCUAUCUUGUAAAGUGUGGAGCAUGGGAUAGUUUAGCGAUAUAUUACUGUCAGCAUCUUAUUUUUUGCAUUUCAGGUUUGUUGGGGAAGCAGCUGAAAUACAUCAGAGUUUGACAUAACAGAGGGAAAUGAGGCUCACACACAUACCAGGUUCCUUAGUGCAGGCUAAACAGGAAGGCUCUCCCUCUGCCCAGUGUACCUCCCCUGCUCCUAGAAGAGGGAGGGACCAGACCAGCUGCAGCUUAGGCUUGGAGGGGUAGAAACUUGUUCCCCAUCCCCUACCUCUGGGCUAUGGGGUUUUUCCUAGAAACUGUAGAGCAACUUAAAAUAUUGGUAAUCGCCUAGAAGGUAGCUGGCUGCAGUGGCCAGAGCCCUUGGUGGUUUGCUAUGGUGAGGCUCUGGAUAGGCCUGUUCUGUUUGUUUUUAACAGUUUUGAGGUAUGAUGGACAUGUGAUAAACUUAAGGUAACUAAAGUGCCUAAUUUGAUACAUUUUAACACAUGAACACACACACACCCCCCUAUGAAAUCACACUAUCAAGAUAGUGUACAUGUCCAGCACCCCCAAAGUUCCCUUGUGCCCUUUUAUAACCUCCUACCUGCACACCUUCCACUUGUUCCAUAGGAAACCACCACUCUGAUUUUAGUUACUGUUGUUUACUUUUCAUUUUAUACAAUUGCAGAUAAAUGAAAUCAUACAGGAUGUACCCAUAUUUUUCUUUGACUUUUUUUACUUAGCAAUUUUAUUUUGAGAGCUAUGCAUGUGUGACAGGUAUCCACAGUUCAUCCCUUUCCAGUGCUGAGCAGUACAUCUCUUCAUGGCUACACUACAUGAUUUAUUUAUUGAUCCACCUGUUGGGAGGCGUUUGGGUUGCUUCAGUCUGGAGUAAUAGAAUUAAAGUUGCUGUUAACUUUCAUGAGUAGGACUUUGUAUUGGUGUACGCUCUCAUUUUGGGGGGAAUAUUUACUUAGGAGUAAAACAACUGGACCGCAUGUAGGUGUUCGUUUAACUUUCAAAGAAAUGGCCAAACUGUUCCUGUUUUCCAUUCCCACCAGCAGGGCAGGCAAAUUCCACUUCCUUCAUGUCCUCACCAGCACUCGGGAGGUGGAUCAGAUUUCAAGGCUUGGUUAGUAUACAAUUUGUGAGCCCCACCACAUGGCCAAAACUACUCCCCAUCCGGCCAAACCUUGAAGCAGGUGGUUUCCAGUUUGUACCUAGAACUCUGAGGGAUGCUGAACAGAAGAAUGCAGAUUUCACAGGCUCCUACAAACCUUACUCAAAGAGCUGAAGACUGGAGAGGGGAAAAUGGAGAGACCAGCCUGGUCCCUGCAUGAGAUCACGAUGAGGACCUAGGGCGUCUGCCUGCUGACUGUCCUCCUGGCCUGCAGUGACCAUGGCCCCCCGCAAGAGGAGCCGCCAUGGCCUGGGCUUCCUGUGCUGCUUCGGGGGCAGUGACCUCCCUGAGAUCAACCUCCGGGACAACCACCCUCUGCAGUACAUGGAGUUUUCCAGUCCUAUUCCGAACCCAGAGGAGCUUAACGUCCGCUUUGCAGAACUGGUGGAUGAAUUGGAUCUCACUGACAAAAAUCGGGAGGCUGUGUUUGCACUGCCUCCUGAGAAGAAAUGGCAGAUCUACUGCAGCAAGAAGAAGGAGCAGGAGGACCCCAACAAGUUGGCAACCAGCUGGCCUGACUAUUACAUUGACCGAAUCAACUCCAUGGCAGCGAUGCAGAGUCUGUAUGCAUUUGAUGAGGAGGAGACAGAGAUGAGGAACCAAGUCGUGGAAGACCUGAAGACGGCUCUCCGGACGCAGCCCAUGAGGUUUGUGACGCGCUUCAUCGAGCUGGAAGGCUUGACCUGUCUGCUAAAUUUCCUCCGGAGCAUGGACCACGCCACCUGCGAGAGUCGCAUCCACACCUCCCUCAUCGGCUGCAUCAAGGCUCUGAUGAACAAUUCCCAGGGGCGGGCACACGUGCUGGCACAGCCUGAGGCCAUCAGCACCAUCGCACAGAGCCUGCGCACAGAGAACAGCAAGACCAAGGUGGCUGUGCUGGAGAUCCUGGGCGCAGUGUGCCUGGUGCCUGGGGGCCACAAGAAAGUGCUGCAGGCCAUGCUACACUACCAGGUGUACGCGGCCGAGAGGACACGCUUCCAGACACUGCUAAAUGAGCUAGACCGAAGUUUGGGCCGAUACCGGGAUGAAGUGAAUCUGAAAACAGCCAUCAUGUCCUUUAUCAACGCUGUCCUCAAUGCAGGAGCUGGGGAGGAUAAUUUGGAGUUCCGCCUCCAUCUACGGUACGAGUUCCUGAUGCUGGGGAUACAGCCUGUGAUUGACAAACUCCGGCAGCAUGAGAAUGCCAUCCUGGACAAGCAUUUAGACUUCUUUGAGAUGGUCCGGAAUGAGGAUGACCUGGAGCUAGCCAGAAGGUUUGACAUGGUCCAUAUCGACACCAAGAGCGCAUCACAGAUGUUUGAGCUGAUCCACAAGAAGUUGAAGCACACAGAGGCCUACCCCUGCCUGCUGUCUGUCCUGCAUCACUGCCUGCAGAUGCCCUACAAGAGGAACGGUGGCUACUUCCAGCAAUGGCAGCUCCUGGACCGCAUCCUCCAGCAGAUUGUCCUGCAGGAUGAGAGGGGCGUGGAUCCUGACCUGGCUCCCUUGGAGAACUUCAAUGUCAAGAACAUCGUCAACAUGCUCAUCAAUGAGAAUGAAGUGAAGCAGUGGCGAGACCAGGCAGAGAAGUUCCGGAAAGAUCACAUGGAGCUUGUGAGCAGACUAGAGAGGAAAGAGCGAGAAUGUGAGACAAAGACAUUGGAGAAGGAAGAGAUGAUGCGGACACUGAACAAGAUGAAAGACAAGUUGUCCCGAGAGUCCCAGGAGCUGCGCCAGGCUCGAGGACAAGUGGCAGAGCUGGUAGCCCAACUCAGUGAACUCUCAACAGGACCUGUAUCUUGCCCGCCUCCCCCUGGGGGCCCACUUACCUUGUCUUCCUCCAUGACAACCAAUGACCUGCCUCCACCCCCACCACCUCUACCAUUCGCCUGCUGCCCCCCACCGCCACCACCACCCCUUCCACCUGGUGGGCCUCCCACUCCCCCAGGUGCUCCACCUUGCUUUAGCUUGGGCCUGCCCCUCCCUCCAGACCCCUUCCCCAGCAGUGAUGUGCCACUCAGGAAGAAGUGUGUCCCACAGCCUUCCCACCCACUGAAGUCCUUCAACUGGGUCAAGCUGAAUGAGGAGCGUGUCCCUGGCACCGUAUGGAAUGACAUCGAUGACAUGCAGGUAUUUCGGAUUCUGGACCUAGAGGACUUUGAAAAAAUGUUUUCAGCUUAUCAGAGGCACCAGAAGGAGUCGGGCUCCACAGAAGAUAUCUACCUGGCUUCCCGAAAGGUCAAGGAACUGUCGGUCAUUGAUGGCCGGAGGGCUCAGAACUGCAUCAUUCUUCUCUCCAAGCUGAAGCUUUCUAACGAGGAGAUCCGGCAGGCCAUCUUGAAGAUGGAUGAGCAGGAGGACCUGGCCAAGGACAUGCUGGAGCAGCUCCUCAAGUUCGUCCCGGAGAAGAGUGACAUUGACCUCCUGGAGGAGCACAAGCAUGAGAUCGAGCGGAUGGCCCGUGCUGACCGCUUCCUCUAUGAAAUGAGCAGGAUUGACCACUACCAGCAGCGACUGCAGGCCCUCUUCUUCAAGAAGAAGUUCCAGGAGCGGCUGGCUGAGGCCAAGCCCAAGGUGGAAGCCAUCCUGCUGGCCUCCCGGGAGCUGGUCCGCAGCAAGCGGUUAAUGCAGAUGCUGGAGGUUGUCCUGGCCAUUGGCAACUUCAUGAACAAAGGGCAGCGUGGGGGCGCCUAUGGGUUCCGGGUGGCCAGCCUCAACAAGAUUGUCGACACCAAGUCCAGCAUCGACAGAAACAUCUCUCUACUCCAUUAUCUGAUCAUGAUCCUGGAGAAGCAUUUCCCUGACAUCCUGAACAUGCCCUCGGAGCUGCAGCAUCUUCCAGAAGCUGCCAAAGUCAACCUGGCAGAGCUGGAGAAAGAGGUGGGCAACCUCAGGCGGGGCCUCAGAGCGGUCGAGGUGGAGCUGGAAUAUCAGAAGCGCCAGGUGCGGGAGCCAAAUGACAAGUUUGUCCCAGUUAUGAGUGACUUCAUCACAGUCUCCAGCUUCAGCUUCUCAGAGCUGGAGGACCAGCUCAAUGAGGCCAGGGAUAAGUUCUCCAAGGCCCUGACACACUUCGGGGAACAUGACAGCAAGAUGCAGCCAGAUGAAUUCUUCGGCAUCUUUGACACCUUCCUGCAGGCCUUUUCGGAGGCCCGGCAGGACCUGGAGGCCAUGAGGAAGAGGAAGGAGGAGGAGGAGCGGCGGGCACGCAUGGAGGCCAUGCUGAAGGAGCAGAGGGAACGGGAGAGGUGGCAGCGGCAACGGAAGGUCCUGGCCGGCGGCGCGCUGGAGGAGGGAGGCGAGUUUGAUGACCUGGUGUCAGCCUUACGCUCCGGGGAAGUGUUCGACAAGGACUUAUGCAAGCUCAAGCGCAGCCGCAAGCGGUCAGGGAGCCAGGCCCUGGAUGUCACCCGGGAGCGGGCAAUAAACAGGCUAAAUUAUUGACCUGGGGACUGGCCACACAGGAGGCCGGGAGACAGGGACGGACCCACAGGGGCUGCGCAGAGGAGGCUGGGAUACUUCAUUUGGUGCUGGGUUUGGAGCCCUGGGCUGGGUCCUGGGGUGGGCACUGUGUGUGGCAGAACCAGGUGUCUCCCCACUUACCUGAAGGGGCUCCUCUCCUCUUCCUCUUUCCAUUCUUCUUGCUGACGCCCCAGGGGUCAGUCUCUGAGGCUGACGUGGACAUCCCUAGCAGGCCCCAGCUGAACCCUUCUCCCCGGUCCCCUAGAACUGUUCCACAUCGACUGUAGGGGUCCAUGGACCAUGGCCAGAUUUCAUGUGCAGUGGGGAGUAAGGGUGGGUCCCCUGAGAGCCAGGAUGCAGGACUCCAGGUUCCCAACCCUGAAGAGGAGACCCUCAUGGAACUUUAAUCUGAGGGACAGACUCUCCUCUUGGAUGGAGAAAGAAGAGAAACCAAUAGUACCUGUUUCUUACAUCAUGAGUCCUUGGGCCCCUCUCGUUGUGUUUGAAGUCUCUCUCCUUCCUGCCCUCCCUCAGCUCCAUCUCAUCUACUAAUGCAGAACCCCUGAAACUCAUCUUUGGGUUCCCACGACUAUGACUCGCUAUCAGGUACUUGAUGAAUCUGCUAAGGGGAGAGCGGGGGGUUCAAGAAAGAUGGUGCUCAUCACACCUCGAGCCUUGGGCUUCGGGACCCUGGAUCUGCACUUGCUCCUGAUGGCUAGCUUCCAAGUGGACAAUGUCUUGAAGCCACAGUGACUUUGCAUCUUGGCUAGGUGUUCCCAGAGCCCCUGCAGGGGGCAGCACUCGAGUGCCUGGCUCCACAAGCAGCUCUCUGCUCUCAGACCCUAUCCUCACCCUGCAAUAGCCGCCUCGGGCUGGAGGCCACAGUGGCCUCCCACUCUGUCCAGCCUGCAGACAACCACUUCAAACCGUGUGAAUCUCUGCCUGAGGGUGUCCCUGGGUGUCAGUGCCUGAGAGGGUCCCCAGGGCCAGAGAUGCUCUCUGCAUUUCUGAGCUCUCUCUGUAGGGGGCAGCACAAGCAGUGACAAGCAUGCAGGGAACUCUGGGGAA